UACCCCCAAUAAUGGCCCUGAAAGUUGAAGUUUAUGAAAAGGAGAAAGUGAGGCCAUCUUCACCAACUCCCCAAACCUUGAGAUACCACAAGCUUUCUCUCCUUGACGUACUCGCCGGACCUUUUUAUGGCUCCCAUGUUUUCUUCUACCCCUCCGGCGCCGGCCCUCGUCGCCACGAUUAUGAUGAGCUCAAGGAAUCGCUCUCUAAGACAUUGUCUAUCUUGUACCCGCUAGCCGGAAGACUUAAAGAUGGAUCAAUAAUUGAGUGCAACGAUGAGGGUGCGGAUUUCGUCCGAGCUAAUGUUACGAAUUACGAUUUGGGUGAGUUUCUCCGGCACCCGAAGCUGGAAGAUCUACGGCAGCUGCUUCCACUUGACCCCUACCCAGACGCUAUUAAUCCGGCCAUGCCAAUGUCAGCUGUUCAGGUGAACAGGUUUCGGUGCGGCGGAACUGCGGUGGGGUUCUGCACUUGGCACGGGAUAGUGGAUGGAAUUGGGAUGGCCAAUUUGUACAACACUAUGGCUGCAAUAAACAGGGGGGAAAGGGUAGCCGGCGGUGGUCUCGUAGUGGACGUCGCCGCAAUUUUCUCGCCUGGGAAUUCCAAAAUCUUCCAGGUAAUGAGCACUGCCAUGGCGGGAUUGAAAAACAAGUUGGGAAAAUACGCCUCGAAAAGAUAUAUCUUUAGCAAGCAGGAUAUCGAGCGGAUCAGGAACCAGUACAGCCAAUCGGAGCAUCGCCGCCGUCCAUCUCGAGUGGCGGUGUUAUCGGCUUUCGUAUGGGCGGCAGUUAUAAGAGCAACUCUAGUGGCGAACCCAACCCUCAAGACCCACUUGCUCACACAUUAUGUGAACUUGAGAAACAAGUUGAACCCGCCCUUACCUUCACAGUGCCUAGGCAACAUCCUCCAUGGGACUGACUCCGUGUGGGAAGUCGACGGCAGCGGCGGCGCAGGCGCAGGCGAGCAGGUUGCUGGCCGGUCGCUUGUAGGAAGAGUGGUGGAAGCCAUCGACAAGGUUACAACGGACUACGUGAGGGAAAUGCAUACAGAGGGUGCGUUUCUCAGGUCCAUAUUAGCCCGACGAUCAAAGAUAAUAGAUCACAAUAAAGAUGAGACUAAAGUUUUAAGUAUAAGUAGUUUGUGUAAAAUUCCUAUUUUUGAAGUUGAUUUUGGGUGGGGCAAGCCAAUAUGGAAUGGCUUGCCUCAAACACUGUUGGACCUUGUUCUUUUCGUGGAUACUGAUGAUGGGGGAAUAGAAGUGUGGAUUGGAUUGGAACAUGAAGUUAUGUGUAAUUUAGACAAGGACGCAGAAUUUCGUGCAUUUGUGUCUUUUGCCUAUAUUGUUUCUGAAUCGUCUUGUCGUCUAAACUCUGCACUCUAAGCUAAGGCGAGCGACAUCUGGUUUAUGGAUUUAGAUUGAGGCAAUGAAGGGGAAAGGAAGUAAAGUCCUACACAUAUAUGAUUAGUAAUUGGCCACUUUUAAUAAGUUCUCUAUGCAAUAAUCUCCUUUAAAUAACAAAAAUCUAUAACCAAUGUCAUUUAGAGCAUCAUUUCUUCAUAUCAAAUAAUGA